CCAGGCGGGAAAGUUAGCGUCAUGCAUGCUGCACUUUUGUUUUAGUCAUAUUUUCUAAAAUUUAUGUCUAACCGAAUUAUUUAUGGUGGAUUAUUUGCUAAUAAGUGUUAAUGAAUGUACAAUGAGUGUAGACAAAUGAAAAAUAACGGCUUAUCUUCUAUGAUCUCAAGUUGUGUGACUUCUCGUGAAAAUCUAGGGAGAUGGCCCGAGUGUGCGUAAUCGGCGCAGGCGCAGCUGGACUGUGCGCGGCGCGACAUCUACUGUUCGAGCCCAGCGUUGGGCGCGUGGACAUACUAGAGCAGGCGGCCCAGCUGGGCGGCACCUGGGUGUAUACUGAGGAUGUGGGCUACGAUGAUUUUGGGCUACCUAUACAUACCAGCAUGUAUAAAAGCUUGAGGACAAACCUCCCAAAAGAGAUCAUGGGCUUCCCAGAUUUCCCGGUUCCUGAAAGUGAGAAGUCAUAUCUACCCGCCAAGGAUAUGCUGGCAUUCCUUCAGUUAUACUCGGACAAACAUGGCGUUACUCCUCACAUAAAGUUCAGCCACCACGUCCAGAUGGUGAUCCCGAAGGCAGGUCCUACGGGAGAGCUCUGGGACAUCACUUUCAAGGACCUGAAGACCGGGGAGUCGGAGACCAGGGAAUAUGAUUACGUGUUCGUCUGCAACGGACACUACAACACCCCGUUCAUACCUAGCAUACCGGGGCUGAAGCAGUAUGAAGGCGAUGUAAUGCACAGCCACGACUACCGAGUCCCGGAAAUCUUCGCCGGGAAGCGUGUCCUGGUCGUCGGAGCAGGUCCCUCAGGAAUGGACAUCGCUCUGGAGAUCACCUCCGUCACAGACCUGGUCAUCCUGUCGCAUCACCUCAAGGAGAAACCGCAGACCGUCUUCCCAGAGAACCUGGUCCAGAAACCGGAUGUGGUGAAGCUGGAAGGAAGGAAAGCAGUGUUCCAGGAUGGCAGUGAAUAUGACGUGGAUGUCGUCUUCUUAUGUACAGGCUACCAGUACAACUUCCCGUUCCUUCACCCGUCGUGUGGGAUCGUGGUGGAGGAAAACUGCGUGGAGCCGCUCUACAAGCACCUCGUCAACAUCCACCACCCCUCCAUGUGCUUCAUCGGGGUGCCUUACUAUGUCUGCGCCUUCUCUAUGUUCGACUUACAGGUCCGGUUCUACGUGCGAUCAAUGAACGGCACCUUCAGCCUGCCGACGCCCGCCCAAAUGACUGAACAUUGGGAGCAGGAGAAACAGGACCGGGCGUCCAGGGGUUACACCAAGCGGCAAGCGCAUAUGAUGGGGCCUGACCAGGCAGAGUACUACGUAUCGCUUUCGACCGAGUCUGGCGCCACGCCCCUACCGCCUGUGUUCACCAAGGUUCACAACGACAGUAGCCAGAAGUUUCUUGACGACCUCACGCAUUACAGAAACGACGUUUAUCGCAUCCUCGACGACUCCACGUUCAUUUGCUUCACUAAAACCUGCUAGGGUCGCGCAGGGAGCGGCACUCGUGCCAUUACUAUUCCUUAUCCAUAAAACAUAAUUCAUUAAUAUACAGAAGUCAGUGGGUAAUUAAGAUAAACAAUAUGACCAGAUAUCGAGAAAUAAACAUUUA